AUGGACGCGGUGAACCGUAGCUGCGUGGUGUCGGCUCACUGCGGCAGCCAUCAGGUUCACCUCGUGGUCAAGUUCCCGGCGCAGUAUCCCAACAACGCCGCGCCCACCUUCCAGUUCGUCGCCCCGACGACCAUCCCCUCCGCCAUGAAGACCAAGAUCCAGAAGAUUCUGACCGACACAUCGCUGCAGAAGGUCAAGAGGAACCAGAACUGUCUGGAGCCGUGUGUUAGACAGCUGGUGUCCUGUCUGGAGUCAGACAUGGUGCAGGAGGACGGUCCCGCCUCCGGUCCCUUCGUCCUGUCCAAUCCCGUCGCUCCGGCCCUGCAGGCCUUCCCCCGCGUCACCAACACAUACGGCUCCUAUCAGGACGCCAACAUCCCGUUCCCUCGGACCUCCGGCGCUCGUUUCUGCGGCACUGGCUGUCUCGUUUAUUUCACUCGACCAAUCACCAUGCACCGCUCUGUCCCGCCCACCGAGCCCACUCCCAGGUCCCUGUCGGCUCUGUCGGCCUAUCACAGCGGAGUGUUGACUCCGAUGAAGAUGCGUUCAGAGUCUCAGAGCUCCCUGCGGCUGUACAGCGGCAGCCCCACUCGCUCCGACAAAGACACCGUGUCCAUCUCGUCCUUCUACUACAAAGAACGGAAGCUCCCAAUCUCUGCCUCUCGCCGCUGGUCUGUCCAAACCCUCCGUGAUUGGCCGAAAUCCCGCCGAUUUAAGACCAAGCGAGAGGGGGCGGACUACGGCAACCGUCCCAUCAAACUGGCGGGGAAGGUGAUCAUCCAGGAGAUUUCCUGUCUGCUGCCCGUCCACAAAGCUCUGGGAGAGAGUUACAUUCUGAACAUGAACGACAUCCACGAGACGUGUCAGAAGAACGCAGCGGCGUCGCUCGGCGUCGGACGCAGAGACGUCGCCAAGGUGUGGGCGUUGGCGUCUGCAGCGACCAGCCAGGACCUGAGUCCCGACUCUGACCCGGACUCAGAGACCCCCUGGGCCAGACACCCGUUUGGACGCCACCUGCUGGAGACUCUUUUGGAUCACUACAGUCACAUGAGUGACGUCCAGACUCUGGCGAUGCUGUGCAGCGUGUUCAGAGACCAGGCUGCUCCUCCAGACUGUUUCUCUCUGUACGGACAUCACCCGUCACGCUCCUCCAUGCUGCCGCCACACCACUCCCGCUACCCCAGCUACACGUCCAGCUCCGUCACCUCGGGCUCGUGCUCCAGCACCUCGGACUCCAUCGCCACCGUCAACUGGAACUCAGGUAGAGACUCUGAGCACGCCAACCCGUGGGGCGAGUCCUCCCCUGACGACUAUCGCUACGGCAACCAGGGUUACAGCGAUCCACGGGAAAGAGAGCGAGAACAGCACGACAUGAACAAAAGACUGCUGGACCCCGCCAACACGCUGCAGUUUGACGACUUUAAGAAGUGUUACGGGGAGAUCCUGCACCGCUGGGGUCUGAGGGAGAAAAGAGCCGACGUGCUGAAGUUCGCCUCUUGCCCUCCAGAACCUCACAAAGGCAUCGAGUUCGGCGUGUACUGCUGUUACUGUCGCAGUCAAGCUCGCGGCACGCAGUGCGCCGUGUGCAAGCGGCUGACCUUCCAGUGCGCCAUCUGUCACGUGGCCGUCCGCGGUUCCUCCAACUUCUGCCUGAGCUGCGGCCACGGGGGACACACCAGUCACAUGAUGGACUGGUUCCGGCGCCAGGACGAGUGUCCGGCCGGCUGCGGCUGCCACUGCCUGCUGCAGAGCACCUUCUGAUGCCACGGACGCCCCCGCAGACGGAAACCAACGCACCUCCUGGGAGAGACGGGCGGGGUGACGGGGACGGAUCUGAGCCUCUGACGCACAGAGAGUCAAACAGCUGAUGGCGAUGCUAGUCCGUCCAAGAGAGGAUAAAAUCCUCCUGACCCAGAACCAGAACCAGAGAAAACUGAACCGGACUCUCUCAGUUUUGGACACUUUGCUUAAAUACCCUUUAAGGAGAUAUUUCUAUAUCUUUCUGUCACUUGAUGUUCACAGCGGCCUUACAGACUCACAGGACUGUUAUGAAAUGGGAAGAAUAAGUUUCUGAAUAUUCUGUCAAGAAAAUGAAGAAUGUGUGAAACUCCAACAAAUGUACUUUAUGUGUAAAAUAAUAAUUAAAGUAUGUUUGAAUUCA